UCAAAUUGUGGGCGAACCGCCUCGGUCAAGUAACUUCACUGAACAGAUUGAAAAACUUUUUAUUUCCGAUACUGAACAGUACCUAAGUUAGUUUUUUUUAAAACUUGCCAAGCAAUAUUCUGCUGUACGAAUUUGAGCUUUAAUAUUUUUACAUUCUGUCCGUUUUUGAUGUUUAGUUUCGCGAAAGUUGUUGAAAGCAAAAAAGUCAAAAUUUUUCAAACAAACAGCUAUUAUCCGACAUUGCAGAAGUUGGGAUCAGCUAUGUUGGAAUUGGCGCGUCGAGCGUGGCUUUAAGCGCCAGAUGCCUGGGAUACUUUUUGAAAAAUUGUUCAUUCGUUCUUUCAAGCAGACGGUGUUGAAAUCAACUUUAUUUUUAGUAACUGCCUAUAAAACCAUUCAUUUUAUGUAUAAGGCCAUUACGAUUUUAUUUGUCAUCUUACGCAAUUUAAGGAAAAAGAUUCUGAGAGAAAACAAAGAAGGCGUUAUGCCAUUUUCUGUUGUUAAAUUAUCGAAGUACCGUUUAAAAGAGAAUUUUGUAAUAUUUCUUUACUUUAGUACUCAUACACCUUUUGAACUAUAGUAAAAUCAAAUUCCAUAUAAAUGAAUAACGUUCGGCACUAAACAUUCUCACUGAAUAGCAACAAACCGUCUGCGUGCCUAUACAUAAUCUUUAGAGGAAAUUAAACAACAAACUCGUUGAGGCAGUGCAGCGAGACCACUUUCCUCCAGCCACAUAGCACGCUCCAAUUUAGGUGGCCAUGCCUAUUAACUGCACACCAUACGGCCCACUAACCUACCAAACAUGGUAGUGUUAUACCAAAGACUUGGUAAGUACCGUGGCUAUGCAGAGAAAUGGCAUUUUCGAAUUUAAUCAGCGCGGGAAGGAAUGCCCAGGCUGAUCAUCCUAUUGGCGUUACUAGUAGGAGUGUUAUACAGUCUUCAUCUCCUGGUCCAAGACUACCAAGCACUGACAGCUGCCUCCAAGCUGCUUCGAUUUCUCUUCAAAAGAGAUUUGAGCUCACAGAAUACCGUUAAGCCUGCCGUGCGAUGGAAGAGAAUAUUGCUAUGCGACCCGAUACAAUGCGCGAGGUACUUCUAUUGUGAACUGGGGGCGCAGCGCAACAACGAGGUGCUACAGGGCUUCGUUUAUAUGCUGACUUUAGAGCCUACGGAAAACGACAGCUCGGCCCAUGCGGUCUUCAAAGAAGCUUACGAACACGGGUUAAUGAACCCAACAAAGUGCAAAGAAAAAUACUCUAUGUGCCCCUUCAACGCCUCUCUACUAUUCGAGUUGAUACGAUAUUUAUUACGUCACCCAUAAGUUAAUUUUAGUCACAGAUAACGUAGAAUAAAUUGUAGUAAUUUAACACGUUUUUUUAUCUUAAAGAAUGAGCAAAUUGCUUUGAGUUUAUCUUCAUUAUGUGAAUACAUUAUUUUUUGGUGAAUAAAAA